CGUGCGCAGCGGCGUUGGUUGCCCUUCCGGUACGACCGGCGCGGAGAAGCUGCCCGGACGCAGGCACGCGCUCACGCACGCUUUUCCCUACUAGCACCGCCGCGGCAGCUCCCGCGUAUACCGGCGGUGUCGUCCCCCCGGCCAAAAUGCUGCGGGCCUGUCAGUUAUCGGGUGUGACCGCCGCCGCCCAGAGUUGUCUCUGUGGGAAAUUUGUCCUCCGUCCAUUACGACCAUGCCGUAGAUACUCUACUUCAGGUGGUUCUAGGUUGUCCCCUGGUAAAAUUGCUGGAGCUGGCCUUUUGUUUGUUGGUGGAGGUAUUGGUGGCACUAUCCUGUAUGCCAAAUGGGAUUCCCAUUUCCGGGAAAGUGUGGAGAAAACCAUACCUUACUCAGACAAACUCUUUGAAAUGGUUCUUGGUUCCCCACCUUAUCCUGUUCCGUUGCCAAAGAAGCCGAUUCAGUCUGGUCCAGUAAAAAUCUCUAGUGUAUCAGAGGUAAUGAAAGAAUCUAAACAGCCUGCCUCACAACUCCAAAAACAGAAGGGAGACACUCCAGCUUCAACAACAGGAUCUACAGAGGCAGCUCAAAUUAUUUCUGCAGCAGGUGAUGCACCGUCAGUCCCAGCCCCUGCGGUUCAGCAUGAGGAAUCUAUAAAAACUGAGCACCCUGGAAUUGGUGAAGGGCAACCGAAGCCUGCAGCUUCAGAGGAAGCAUCCUCAACUUCUGUACGGGAGCGACCACCCGAAGAAGUUGCAGCUCGCCUUGCACAACAGGAAAAGCAAGAACAAGUUAAGAUUGAGUCUGUAGCCAGGAGCUUAGAAGAUGCUCUGAGCCAAACUGCUCACAUCACUCAACAGGCCAUCAUAGCUCAGAAUGCUGCGGUGCAGGCUGUCAGUGCGCACUCCAACAUCUUGAAAGCAGCCAUGGACAAUUCUGAGAUUGCAGGUGAGAAGAAGUCGGCUCAGUGGCGGACAGUGGAGGGUGCAUUGAAGGAACGCAGAAAGGCAGUCGAUGAGGCUGCUGAUGCCCUUCUCAAAGCCAAAGAAGAGCUAGAGAAGAUGAAGAGUGUAAUUGAAAAUGCAAAGAAAGAAGAGGUUCCUGGGGCCAAAUCUCAUAUAACUGCCGCAGAGGGGAAACUUCACAACAUGAUAGUUGAUCUGGAUAAUGUGGUCCAAAAGGUCAAAGCAGCUCAGUCUGAGGCUAAGGUCGUAUCUCAGUAUCAUGAGCUGGUGGUCCAAGCCCGGGAUGACUUUAAACGAGAACUGGACAGUAUUACCCCAGAAGUCUUGCCAGGGUGGAAAGGGAUGAUCAUAGCCAUGAUAGGUGACAGUGCUCCCAUGGUUUUAGUCAUGGUGGACACAAGUUCCAGCCAGUGUUUGAUUCCAGAACCAAUGGUUCUAUUCAGGUCUCUGCUACUCAGGAAUAAAAAAUUUAAAAUCCAAGUAAGUGAGAGUGACAUUAUAACUUUAAAUGUAUUAGAAUAUUUUAUAUAUAUACAUGUAAAAUUAUUCAAAGCCUUUGGUACUUAAAAAAUAUUUGUAAUGAAUUAAGGCACGCCUCAGGACUGCUCUGUGACAACAUUAUGGUUGAAAACGCCCUUGGUGAGAAGGAAAUCAUCUGUAUGACUAUCUACUUGCAAAUAGCUCAGAAUUCAGGGAACUUUGUUAACUUUGUUUCAUACAGUGUAAUUGCAGAGAAUAGUCACAUUUUCCUGAAGUGCUCUGAGAGUACUAUAACAGUCACAUAAAUUACCAGUCUUAACAAAUUCAAAAUACUCUUUAAAUGCUAUUGUCUGUUAUAAGUUGAAUGUCAGGUAGGAACUGAACUGGUGUUCUAGGCCUCUGUGGGCCUAGGUCAGAAUGUAUAUACUACCUGAUCCAACUGGUUAACUCCUAGGUAUGUGCUUAAGAAGACACGGGUGCUCAAGGAGACUCAUAAAAAUAUUCAUAGCAGCCCUGUAUUUGUAAGAGCAGAAAAAUCAGAAACUGCUAAAUGUGCCUCCCAUGUGGCAGUAUAAAUGAAUGAACUAAAACUGUAUCUCUCAAACGUAAAAUUUUUUUUUUUUUUUAAGAUUUUAUUUAUUUGACAGAGAGAGACACAGCAAGAGAGCAGGGGGAGUGGGAGAGGGAGAAGCAGGCUCCCCGCAGAGCAGGGAGCCCUAUGCGGGGCUCGAUCCCAGGACCCUGGGACCAUGACCUCAGCCGGAAGGCAGACGCUUAACGACUGAGCCACCCAGGCGCCCCUCAAACAUAAAUGUUAAGAAAAAAAGUUGCAGAAGAAUACAUAGAGUAGGAUACCACUUACAUGAAGCUUAAGAACAUGCAAAACAAAACAAUGUGUUGUUUUAGGAUGCAUAUAUAUAUAUCUAUAUAAAAUCUAAAAAAAAAGAUAAACACUAUAUUUAGAGAUAGUGGUUACCACUGUGGGGGGAGGGAGGAGUAGCCUUUAGGGGGAGCCUAGGUGGUUGUUGCCAGGAUGGGAAAAUGAAGUGCAGGUUGUAGAUUGUCAUUAUUUCCAGGGGACAGUUCUUUAUUGCUAUAGACUAGUAUAUAUAGUCCUAUUUAUGUGCCUUGUUGAGACUGACAUUAUCUCAUUUUCUUCAUCUUGCCAAUUUUUCCUGCAACACUGGGACAGAUUCCUGUUUUUUUGGUCUAAUACCAGAUUAAGUAGUUGACUUUUAGAGCCAUUUGGGAUGAAAAAUACCUACCUGUCUUUGAACUUUCUGAAUUCAAGGGUCAUGCCCAUGAUGUUAAGAAGCUCAUGCUGAGAGGCAGGAGACUGGCUGUGGUUCCCCUUUCCUGUCACUGUGUCCUCAAGGUGGUGCUUGUGAUAGAAUAUUGAAUUCUUAAGUAUUUGAAAUGUUGGAGAGGCCUGGUACUGAGAGUCCAGACUAGGACUUAGUGAAAUACGCUAAGUAAUUUCUAAUGGGGGGCAGAGG